ACUGAGAUCUUCUUAUUCACCUCUUCCGUCUUACUUGAGGAAUUCAAGUUGUGUAAUCGCAGUUGUUCUUGAAAUCUGGUGAUGAACUAUUGUACGUGAAUUGCUAUCAGCAGGUGGCUUGUCUAGUUUGCUAUUUUUAUUGCACAACGAUGCUAGGUCACAUAUUUUUCAACGAGAAAAAAUGAAUAGUCAGGCGCUGUUACAUCAAUCUGUGAAGCAUUUUUUUCGUAGAUAUUUCUUGUUUGGAAAAAAGAUAUAAUACGUUUCUACUCAACAAAUGAUGUAAAAAAGACAAGAUAUCGUUUCCAAUCGUCGUAUCGAAUUAAGAUAUUAUUUCAUUGCCUGGCAUUAUAACGAUCUUUAUCAAUUUGUGAAGAAUUGCUGUAAGAGAUUUACCAUGGAGUUCGGAGUCACCGAAUUACUAGCUGGUAUAGGCAUCCUAUUCCUCGUUGCGUACUACUAUCUUACCAAAAACUUUAGUUAUUGGAAGAAAAGAAAUGUCAAAGGUCCAAAACCACUGCUACUUUUCGGAAACAUGAAGGAUGUGCUGUUCCUCAAAAUUCACUUUGGCCUUCUGAUGAAACAAUACUAUGAUUAUUACAAAACUGAGCCUCUAGUCGGUAUCUUCAACAGAAGUUCGCCGAUACUACUGAUACGCGACCCCGAACUCAUACGAGACGUGCUCAUCAAAGAUUUUAAUUCCUUUCCCGAUCGUGGCUUCACUAGCAGAAUCGAAAACAACGAUCCAGUAAAUCAGAGUCUGUUGAACCUGAGCUACGAGAAAUGGCGGCCACUGAGGAACAAAUUGUCGCCGGUUUUCAGUUCAGGAAAACUGAAGGAAAUGUUUUACUUGAUGGCAGAUUGCGCCAGUCACUUUGAAAAGUACGUCGACAAGUUGGUGGAGAAAGAGGAGUCGAUAGAGUGCCGUGAAUUGACCGCAAAGUAUACCACCAAUUCGAUCGGAGUCUGCGCCUUUGGCUUGAACAUGAACGCCUUGGAUGACGAGAACAGCGGCUUUCGCAACGCUGGUAGGGCUAUGAUGGCCAGCAACUUGAAGAAUACCCUGAGGCGCACGUGUCGAGAUAUGUUUCCUCGGCUCUACAGAUUUUUGAAGCCAAUCGUGUACAACAGAGCCAUCGACUUUUUCAUCGACUCCAUAAAUAAUACAGUGGAUUACAGGAAAAAAAAUAACGUCAGGAGAAACGACUUUGUCGAUCUACUCGUGGACCUGAGGGAUCAACCGGACAAGCUCAAUGAUUUCGAGUUCACCAACGAUAUGUUGACGUCCCAAGCUUUUUUAUUUUUUCUCGCUGGAUUCGAGACAUCGUCUACGACGAUGAGCAACGCACUGUACGAAUUAGCACUCAAUCAACAUGUGCAAGAAAAGCUGCGAGAAGAAAUCAGAAAAUCGAUGGAGGAAUCGGAAAAAUUGACUUACGAAAGUAUCAGGGAUUUAAAGUACUUGGAUAAAGUAUUCAAAGAAACUAUGAGGAAAUAUCCUCCAGGAGCUUCGCUAUUUAGGAGCACAUCGGCUCCGUACACCUUCAACGGGACGAAUGUGACAGUACCGAAAAACUUCAAGGUCGUCAUUCCCGUUUGGGCGAUACACCACGACCCCGAAAUUUAUCCCAACCCCGAAAAGUUUGACCCGGAAAGAUUUUCCAACGAAAACGAAAGCAGAAGACACCCCAUGAAUUAUUUAGCGUUUGGCGAUGGACCCCACAAUUGCAUAGGAUCCCGAUUCGCCCACUAUCAGACGAAAAUCGGCAUAGCCACUAUAAUCAACAAGUAUAAGGUCGACGUCUGCGACAAGACUUGCAUUCCGUACCGCGUGGAUCCCAGAUCGGUCAUCCCUUCCCCCAUUGGGGAUAUAUACCUAAAAAUAACCAAAUUGUACGAGCAUUGAUAUGUUUUUAAUAAAAAUAAAAAUACUAUUAUACAUC